AUGCCCAUUCCUAAAACUCAAAAAGAUGUGAAGAGUUUUCUUGGAAAGAUCAAUUUCAUUGGCCGAUUCAUCGCACAGUUAACCUCUACUUGUGAGCCUUUGUUCGAAUUGUUGAAAAAGAAUGGGCCGAUGGAUUGGAAUGAAAAUUGUCAGCAAGCUUUUGAUAAGAUAAAAAAUUACUUGUUAAAUCCUCCGGUCUUAGUGCCACCUCAGCCAGGAAGACCUCUGAUUAUGUAUUUGUCUGUUCUUGAUGAGGCUGUUGGAUACGUUCUGGGACAGCAUGACAAGUUUGGAAAAAAGGAACAAGCCAUCUACUAUCUGAGUAAGAAAUUUACAGCAUAUGAGGCCAACUAUUCUUUCCUUGAAAGAAGUUGUUGUGCUUUAGUAUGGACAGCUCAGAAGUUGGGGCAUUAUUUGCUCGGUUAUACCACUUACUUGAUUUCUCGUUCUGAUCCUCUAAAAUACUUGUUGGAAAAGUCGAUGCCCACGGGACGUAUGGCUAAGUGGCAAAUGAUCCUUUCCGAGUUCGACAUUGUCUUCAUAACACAAAAGACAGUCAAGGGUCAAGGCAUAGCAGAUUAUUUGGCAGAAAAUCUAAGAGAUGAUGAUUACCAGCCAUUGCAUACCUACUUUCCUGAUGAAGAAAUUUUGUUCGUCGGAGCAGUUGAGGAUAUGAGUGACCAGUAUCCUGGAUGGAGGUUAUUUUUCGACGGCGCGUCAAAUUUUUUCGGAACUGGAAUUGGAGCAGUUUUAGUGUCGCCUGAAGGGAAACACUAUCCUGCUACUACCAAAUUACGGUUUCCUUGUGCUAACAACAUAGCUGAGUAUGAAGCUUGUAUUUUUGGAUUGAAAAUGGCAUUGGAUAUGGAGAUUAAGGACCUGAUAGCAUUCAGUGAUUCCGAUCUACUUGUGCACCAGACGCUUAAGCAGUGGGUAACUCUGGAUUCAAAAGUUAUGUUGUAUCAUUGUAGUUUGCUCAGUUUGACCAACAAAUUCAGGAAUUUGGAACUCAGACAUAUUCCCUGCACUGGUAAUGCCUUUGCUGAUGCUUUAACUACUCUGUCUUCGAUGAUCCAACAUCCAGAUGAGCUGGUGAUUGAACCUAUACAUAUUCAACUUCAGAAUAGACCAGCGUACUGUCUGGUUACGGAAAGGGUCACUGAUGGUCGCUCCUGGUACAAUGAUAUUAAGGAAUUCAUGAAAAUGGGAUCCUACCCUCCUGAUACUGAUUCUGUUGCAAAAAAAUUUUUACGCAGAAUGUCAUCAAGAUUCUUCUUGAAUGGAGAUGUGCUAUAUAAGAAAACAUUUGAUUUGGGCCUUCUGAGAUGCAUCAAUGAAGAGGAAGCCGGUUAUAUGAUGAAGGAAGUGCAUAGUGGGAUUUGUGGGUCACACAGGAAUGGGCAUCUAUUCGCUAAGAAGAUCAUGAGAACAGGAUAUUUUGGCUUACCAUGGAGCAUGACUGUGUAG